UUUCUAUUAGCAUGUCCUACUUUGACGUGAUGGUUUUCAUUUUAUCUUACAUAUUAUUUUGUUCAAAAAAAAAGAAAUAAAGAAAAAAGCCAGGAGAAGCCCUGCAGGUUGACCAACUCUGCUGCCAUCCUGGUCCAUCUCUACAAGCUGCUGAAGCAUGUGGAGGAGAGGUCCUGCAGAAACAAGUGCCAUCACUGAAUAGGACCAGUCCUAGUCCCUUGACUGGGGCCAGGUUGGAGCUGCUGUAGCUGUAGCCUGUGCUGCUGCCCUGCUGGGAGACGGAGGGAGGGUGCACAGUGGUGCUUCUGCACGCUACAACACAAAGGUACUGCCAAGUGAGCCCCGGGGAGGCCAACUUUGAAGGUGGGGAAAUGUGCAGCAGCCUGUAACUUGCUCAGAACCUGCCCUCAGAUGCCUGCCUAGCUGGGAGAUCAUCACCCUGACACUGGGCACAGCAGGACAUCAAGAAGAGUUGUGAAGAGGUAUUUUCCUCUCAGCCCCAAGCUCCCAGAAUAAUGAUUCAGUCUCAAAAUAUAUUUAUAAAUGGCUAGGACUUAUAGCUAGGUUCAUUCCCUGACUAGCUAGGAAUUUAAGAUAACCCAUUUAUACUAAUCUAUAUUCUACCAUGUGCCUGGUUACCUCACUCAGGUACCAUAUGUCUGCCCUCCUCACAUUCUCUUCCCAUGCCUUGCUCUAUCCCAGAAUUCUUUCUGCCUACCAGAUGUCCCACUUUCUAGUCUACCCUUUCCUAUAGGGCAAAUGUGUUAGUUGACAGGUGAUGCAUCCAUACAAUACACAGGAUAUUGCCUCUAUAAAGAGUCCUGGCAGUGGUCUCAUAUUUAUGCUGCAACAGAAACCUUAAGCCUUGAUCCAGACCAACAACUCGUUGCAAUGAAGGCUGUGUGUUACCACCAAAAGAUAUCCAUGGUCUAUGCUGCUGCCUGAAGCCAUGGUGAAGUCAUGGGCCAGGCUCCAGCUGGUAAUCAUAUUAGUGUCCUUCACUAGUAGGUCAUGUUGACAUCCUUGGCCUCUGCUGCUGCUGGGGGCUAUCAUGGUGUCUGUGGCCCAUGCUACAACAGAGGACCAUGUUGAUGUCCAUUGUCUUUACUGCCACCAGAGACCAUGCUAAGACCCAUGGCAUGUGCUCACUUGAGGCUGGAGACCAUGUGCAUGUCCAUGGCCCGUGCUAGCACCAGAAACCAUGUGCAAGUCCAUGAUCCAUGCUACUGCUGUCUGUAAAGGAUAAGGAAGCUGCUUUUGGAGUAGAAUCAAUGACUGCAGACUCACAGGUGAGUAAAAGAGACCUAAGAGCCUUCAGUGACAACCCUUACCCUCACCAUACCCCACCCCUUGCCAUAAGAAGUAACAGCCAGGACAGGAAACUAUCAAACAGAGUUCUUAAGGAGAAUGAUAUGGAUACUAAAACAUAACUCCACAGUUGAUGGCUUCUGGCAGGGCAUGGGUGGGCAAAGAUUCAGUAUCUUUACGCAGCUGGACACUGGAUGUUUGACAAAGCUCCCGUGAGUAUAUAGGCAAUACAAGUUGUACUAUCAUUUUUGUCCUUUCCUCUUUUUGGGGAGGGGGGCAUGGAGGAGGUCACAAAGUGGGAGAGGGGGUGCUCGCUUCCACAGCACAUAUACUAAAAUUGGAACAAUACAGAGAAGAUUAACAAAGUGGGAAAGGGAACUGGGGAGGACUUGAAAGUGAGUGUGAUUGGGGUAGAUGAUAUGAAAUCCACAAAUAAUUGCUAAGAUAUAAUUUUUAAUAAAAAAGAAUAAUUUAGUGCCAGCAAGAUGGCUCAGCAGAUAGAAAGGCUUGUUACUCAACCCUUGGCCACAGACAUCUAAUCUUAGCACUUUUGUGGCAAAAUGGUAGUGGAGUGAGCACAAGAGACUCAUCUGAAACAGAACACCAGAGACAACAAAGAGACUUGGAGAGAACCAGUUCCUAGUAAGUCAUCCUCCGUGCAUGCAAACACACAUGAACAACAAUAAUUAUUAAACUUCUUAAAAUAACUUACAGAUUAUUUGCACAGAACAUCUGCUUAUUCUCACUCUACAAAAAUAUGAGAAGUCUCAGAUUUAGACCAGGUUAGCAAAAAUGUAUUUUCCCAAUAGUGUUGUAAAAGAGUGACAAUUUUAAGAACAUUUCUGUAUUUACUUUGAAAGUUGAAGAAAUUCAUUUCCUGAUCAGCUUCAGGAUCAUUGUAACUAAAAUGUGUAAAGCUGGAUUGUUUGAAACAGGAAAACAUACAAGAUCAAUAAAGACUGAGGCAAUCAUUGCCGAGACAGACAGACAGACAGACAGACAGACAGACACAGAGAGACAGACAGCGAAAGAGACAGAGAGAGACAGACAGACAGACAGAGACAGAGACAGAGAGAGAGACAGAGAGAGACAGACAGCGAAAGAGACAGACAGACAGAGAGAGAGAGAGAGAGAGAGAGAGAGAGAGGCGAUUCUCCCCUCAGCAUUCCUGUCCUGGCUUAUACCAUUGCUCAGUAGUCACAGGAGCAUCUCAAACCCUCACCCUGUUAUUUAUCAGUCAGCCCAAGGGAACCAGAGACCAGAGCAGGCAAGACCUGAGGCUGAGUGCAGUCAGGACCCAGAGGAUAGAGCAAGGAGCUUCACAGUCUCCAGCACAUUUAUCAUGUCUUCCCUAUGAGAGACAACACACAUCUCUCAUGACUGGGUCAGGGAGCCCCACAUAAGGGGAACCUGAAAAGAGAAGGCACUAAAAGUUACCAGCAGAAACUGUUCAACAGAAGGUUCGAGAAAGCCAGGGAUGGAGACAAGCAGAGGCAGGAGGAUGCUUCUGAAACUCUUCCUAAUAUAACACAACAGAAAGUAUAAAAUAACAAUAUGAGGUCCAAUUGAAGCCACUUCCCCCCGGAGUCUGUGGUGGCAGCUUCCUUGCCAAAUAAAGUCUGUCUUCAGAAGUUGGGAUGGGGGUGCGGACGUCAGGAGUGGGGACGUUGACAAGGAGGAAAAUAGGGAGUUUGUAACUGAGAUGCAAUCUAUUGCUCAGGGCUGUAACUCCAAUGCUACCAUACAUCUGCCUUAGCAUAAAUAAAUGGGCUGAUUGUAUCUGAAUAAUAGAAAUACUCUGUAUCGGUGUGCCUCUUCCCAUCUCCGGGUUUGGUGCUCUCACAUAGCUCGAAAGGGGCAAUGGUGGACCUUGGUGCACACUAGAAAUCGGGAUGAGGAACAAGGGCAAAAAUUCGCACAGUUUGGCAGGCCAUACUGCACAUUGAUAAUUGCCAUACCCUCCUCGGCUCCCACACCUAGUUCCUGUGGCUGCUCAUAGAUUUCCAGAAUGGGAAAGCAGGUCAUUUCGCACAGCGGUUUUUUUCUUUCUUUCUUUCUUUCUUUUUUUCCCAUGACAAGCAAAAGAAAUAAUUACCUCAGCCUGAGCAUUAUUUCAAAGUCUAAAUUCAGAUCUUCCGAGAUUGGAAACUGUCAGACUUAAAAUAAGACACCCCGGGAAGGUACAAGAAGUCUGCCUGAAUUCAAGCGUGAAUGGAUAGCGCGGAUUGGAAAUCCCGAAGGAUCAUCAUCUUCUUCCCAGGCAGGAGCUGCCCCUCCUCCCCCUCAGCUACUGGGGAGGGGGUUGGGCGAUUCAUAUCAGCUCCAGGCUAGAGAAAGCUAUCGGCUUCCCACCACCAACCACCAUAUCCUUCACCCACCCAUCCACUGCCCGCAGGAUAACGAGCUCAGAGUGAUGGAGGCCUCCUGGCUGGAGAAUCGCUGGGCGCGGCCCUUACACCUGGCUUUGGUGUUCUGCCUGGCGCUGGUGCUGAUGCAGGCCGUGAAGCUCUACCUGAGAAGACAGAGGCUGCUGCGCGACCUACGCCCCUUCCCGGGUCCUACCGCCCACUGGCUCCUGGGACACCAGAAGUUUCUUCAGGAGGAUAAUAUGGAGAAGCUUGACGAGAUUGUCAAAGAGUACCCUUGCGCCUUCCCCUGCUGGGUAGGACCCUUCCAAGCAUUUUUCUACAUCUAUGACCCAGACUAUGCAAAGAUUUUUCUGAGCAGAACAGACCCAAAGACCCAGUACCUGCACCAGCUCAUGACUCCCUUUCUUGGAAGAGGACUCCUGAAUUUAGAUGGGCCCAGGUGGUUCCAACACCGCUGCCUCCUGACUCCUGCGUUCCAUCAGGACAUCCUAAAACCAUGUGUGGACAUGAUGGCCCACUCUGUGAACAUGAUGCUGGAUAAAUGGGAGAAGACGUGGACCACGCAGGAAACAACCAUCGAGGUUUUUGAACACAUUAACUUGAUGACCCUGGACAUAAUAAUGAAAUGUGCUUUUGGCCAGGAGACCAACUGCCAGAUAAACGGCACCUAUGAGUCUUAUGUGAAGGCAACAUUUGAACUUGGUGAAAUCAUAUCUUCUCGCUUGUACAAUUUCUGGCAUCAUCAUGACAUAAUUUUCAAACUCAGUCCUAAGGGCCACUGCUUCCAGGAGUUAGGCAAAGUGAUACAUCAAUGCACAGAAAAGAUUAUCCAGGACAGAAAGAAAACCCUCAAGGAUCAAGUAAAUCAGGAUGACACUCAAACAUCUCAAAAUUUUCUGGAUAUUGUUCUUUCUGCCCAGGCUGGAGAUGAAAAGGCCUUCUCAGAUGCUGACCUUCGGUCUGAGGUGAACACCUUCAUGUGGGCAGGACACGACGCCUCUGCAGCUAGCAUCUCCUGGCUCCUUUACUGCCUGGCUCUGAACCCUGAGCAUCAAGACAGAUGCCGGACAGAGAUCAGGAGCAUUCUGGGAGAUGGGUCUUCCAUCACCUGGAAUGACUGUGGUCCUUAGUAUUUGGGGUCUCCACCACAAUCCUGCUGUCUGGAAAGACCCAAAGGUCUUUGACCCUUUGAGAUUCACUAAGGAGAAUUCUGAACAGAGACACCCCUGCGCCUUCCUACCAUUCUCCAGUGGUCCAAGG